AUGGCCUUCCUUCGAUCGCGUCUGGUGAUCUUUAUCCGCCUCUAUUUUCUUUUAGGAAGUUCAUAUCUUCGAGCUACAAAUGAAGACAAGAAGCUUGAUUUAGAGCUAAGAUUAGCACCUCCAGGGAUGAAUCUAUCAAGCGAAGAACCUACACAGAUAAAUGAUGAAGUUCUUUCCGGUUCUAAGCAGGCUUUACCGCGGUCUCAAAAGGAAUUAGUGCAUCAAUCUAGUAAACGUAAGCGUGGAAGGCCCGAAUUGAACUUAACGGAAGAACAAAAAGCAGAACGAAAGAGGAAGAUAACUAAAAUCUACAAUCAGAAAUAUGACGAAAAUUUGAAAAAAGACCCAAAACGUUACGGAAAGUUUUUAAAGCGAAGAAGAGAACGUACAGCAUGCCUGCGAAAGAAACAACUUCAAGAUCCGAAAAGAAAGGCAGAGAUUAUUGAAAUGAGAAAAAAACACAAAAGAACUUAUCAUGCAAAGAGGAAGCUCAAGAAAUUGAAUGCACAUUUGGACACGCAAGAAUGA